AUCUCUGAAGUUUAGCACAAAUAAGGGUGCAGUUGAAGGACAGGUAUCUGAAGUAAGUAAAAGACACAAUCAAAUACAUUCUCUAUGUUGCAAUAUUCAUAGUUAAAUUUACUUUCUCAGUUUAAACAUUUGUGCUUGUUGUAAACGUCUUAGAACUGCCUUAUGUAUUGAUGGUUUAAUUUGUGACAUUCCUCAUGGAUGAUGACUUAAAUGUGACAUAUAUAACUCUAACUGGAUAUGUGGCAAUGGGCAAAUACAGGUUUUUAUAUUUUUUUAUUAUGUUUACGGUAUAUUCUCUAGCAAUGUGCUUCAGUGUCACCAUUGUGUACCUUAUUUGUAUACACAGGAAAUUCCAUGAGCCAAUGUACAUUUUUAUUGCAGCUUUGUUAAUGAACUCUAUUGUUUACAAUACUGCUAUGUACCCAAAUAUGUUAAUUAACAUUUUAGCUAAAAACCAUAUCAUAUCAAAUUCAGCCUGUCUCCUUCAGUUAUAUGUAUUCUACUCCCUGAGUGCUGCAGAUUUCUUUCUGUUGUCAGCCAUGGCCUAUGACAGGUAUGUUUCUAUAUGCAAACCUCUGCAAUAUACCACUAUCAUGAGAAAAAACACUGUAACUUUUAUUUUGUUUCUAGCUUGGCUUGUUCCUUUGUGUGAAUUUGCAGUUAUAGUUAUAAUGAGUGCUAACCAAAAACUCUGCCAUUUAACUUUGAAUACAAUUUUUUGUAACAAUUUAGUUUACGCUCUCCACUGUGUGAUUCCAAGAGCAAGAGUUAUGUUUGGUAUGUUUGCUAUGGUAACCAUGUCAGUUUUCCCUUUGUUAUUUAUAUACUUUACAUAUAUCAGAAUACUUACAAUAUCCUAUCGAAGUAGUAGAGAAGUUAGAACUAAAGCUUCACAAACCUGUUUACCCCACUUGAUAGUUUUAAGUCUCUUUUCCUGUUUGUGUGCAUAUGAUGUAAUUGUCAGUCGACUAGGAUCUGAUAUACAUUUCAUUAUGACUUUCCAAGCAUUUUUGUAUUAUCCUCUGUUUUAUCCAAUUAUAUAUGGACUAAAAAUGAAAGAAAUCUCUAAACACCUAAAGAGGUGGCUUUGUCAAGCCAAAGUAAUGUAUUAAAAGUGAUGUUACUGUGAAUGUUACUGAUAUUACAGAACAGUCAAGACAAAAAGGGUUUGUUUCCAUGCUGUAAUAUUAUCUUUAUGAUGCAUCAUGGAUGCAUCAGUUUGAACAAUGUAAUGAUGACUCGGUAUGCUGCAGUUAUUCAUGUCUUUGUUAAUGUCAACUGUAGUCAAUCACAGCAAUCUAGCCACCCGAAGAGGAAGCAUAUGACUUUGAAUGGCCUGUCCCAAAGUUUCUCUUGUGU